AUGGAUAACACGAAAAUCAAGCUGGUACCAUCUUUUAAUGAGCGUUGUAAAGGUGCAGUAACCUUUCUCAACACCAUAAUCCACUUAGACAUCAAACCACAAAACAUCCUUUUAGAUGAGAAUUUCAAUGCCAAAGUUUCCGAUUUUGGAUUAUCUAAGCUAAUUGGAAGAGACCAAAGCCAAGUCAUAACAACCAUGAGGGGAACCCCUGGCUAUAUGGCUCCUGAAUGGUUAAGCUCUGUCAUCACUGAGAAAGCAGAUGUUUAUAGCUUUGGUAUUGUGGUCCUAGAGAUUCUGUGUGGGCGAAAAAAUGUGGAUGGAUCUCUACAGGAGGAAGAUAGGCAUUUACUGAGGCUUUUUAGGAGAAAGCAAGAAGAAGGGCAACUUGUGGAUCUAAUCGAUAAGUGCAGCGAAGAUAUGCAGGCAAAUGCAGCCGAAGUCAUGGAGAUGAUGAAGGUUGCUACAUGGUGUUUACAAAAUGAACAUGUCAGGAGGCCUUCCAUGUCCACAGUGGUGAAGAUUUUUGAGGGUUCAGUUGAUUUUGUUGGUACCUUGAACGAAAAUUUUCUAAAUGAAUUGACAGUACCUGAAGCUGUGGAGUCUGUUGCUUCAACAACUUUACCCUCUAUCUUAUCAGGGCCAAGGUGAAGAUCAUGGAGAUCUUCGAUAUAAUUCAUGAAGAUGGGGAUGUAAGCCAAGGUAUGUUCCCAAGAUCCUAUCCUAUCCUAUUUGUUGUUGAAG